AUGAUUAACGAACGUUCACGUAAAACUGAUCGAUAUCAUCCAACAUUUUUUUCUCGAUUUCGUGCUGUUACAAUGCGUUCGAAAAGUCUUGAUAAUUUAUAUGAUGGUAAUCGUCGUAAAGAAGGUCAUGAAUAUCCUUAUUCAAUAAAGAUGAAACAUUUAAAAUCAGCUCAUACAAUCUUUACAAAUAAUCGAUCAUUUGAAGGUGAUGAUCAUUUAUCAUAUCAAACACAUCAUACUAGUUCAUCGACUAGUUUAAAUAAUGUAACAACAACAAAUUAUCAUGAUUUUGAAUUACGAAAACGUGAUGCAUUAACUGAAAAUCAAACAAGAAAACAUCGUUUUUUUCAUAAACGAAAAACUAAAACACAACAACAAUUAACGGAUGAAUAUCAUUCACCAUCAACACCAUAUCUUAGUUCACCUAAUCAAAUAAAAAAUUAUUGUAAUUUUUUUGGUCGAACACCUGAUGAACUUAUUCAAAGAUAUAAUCAUCAAUUACCACCUGUGAUUAUGCAAUUACUUGAAGUUCUUUAUUCGAAAGGACCAGAAACAACGGGUAUUUUUCGAAAAGUAGCCAAUACACGUUCCGUUAAAGAUUGUAUUGAAAAAAUUGAACGUAAUAUACCAUUACAAGAUGAUGAUUUACAUCCAAUAUUAGCUGCUGGACUAUUAAAACAUUUUCUACGUACCUUACCUGAACCAUUAUUUAAUUCCAUUCAAUAUGAUAAUUGGAAAAAAUGUCUUCGACUUUCAACAUCAAUAGAAAAGAUUUCAUUUGGAAAAAAAAGUAUAUUAUGUACUCUAUCUGAAGCCAAUCAUAUAUUAUUAAAAGGUUUUAUAUGUGUUCUUCAUCGUAUAUCGGAAAAUGCUGAUACAAAUGGAAUGAAUCCAUUCAAUUUAGGUUUAUGUGUUUCAAAUAGUUUAUUUAAAACUGAAUCAACAACAAUAACAUCUGGCAAACAAGAAGCUGAUGUUAUGUCAUCAAUCGUUGAAUUUUUAAUACAAAAUUGUUCAUUAUUAUUUGGUUCAGAUAUUCUUACGUGUAUUACAGAUAAACGUAUUGUUGUUCAUCAAAUACCAAAUUUAAAAUUAUUUAAUUAUCUUUUUGAUUCAAAUGAUAAUGUUCGUUUGGAGUCAGAAUCAAUAUCUUUUCAACAUGAUUUACCUCAAAUACCUGCUCCUAUGUGUUCUCAUUUAUGUAUACGACAUCGUCUACUUCGUCUUAAUUAUCAUAUUGCUUCGCCUCGUCAAUCACAAAUUGCUUUAUGUAAAAAGCAUUUACAUAGACAUCCACAAAUAAAUGAAGAAGAAAAAUUCUUUUCGAUUUCAAAUAAAAAUCUAGAAAUGAUUUCUAAUAUUAAUCAUUUAAUUGAAAAAAUGACUCAAUAA